GUGUGGCACGUUUCGGUUCGCCACUACAAUGAAGGCCGCGGUUAUUGAGCAACUAACUUUUACGAACGGACAGUGAUCGUCACCUAUCUUACACACAAUUAAAGAUAAGCUGAUCGGUUUGUACCGAUACGAGAAAUCCACGUGUCGAAAGUAACGUUAACGGCGUGAUUGAAAAAUGAAGAAUGAACGUUUCUAUAUGUAGCCAAAGAACGCCCGUAAGCAAAAGACAGUAUCAGUGUGGCAAGUGCAUACAAUUUAGUAAAUUAACAAAUUCGGUCAACCAAAGCUCGGUAAAGCUACAAUGACUACACAAAGCCAACAAACGCUAAAGACACCCAGUGGAGUGCACCCAAUUGGAAUCCAACCCACUAGGGUGAGUAACGAUGGCGAUUUGCAGCUGACCACAGGGGACCACCGGCCGCACCACCAGACAGUCGCCGACGUGGUUCAAUUGACAAUGGAUCAAGUGGUGGUGAACCUCCUUAAUGCACGCCUGCUCGCUGGUCGGGCAUCGGGUAUCCCCACGUUGGAUAUGCUGAUGACCACUUGGGGACUAUGUGGCCAACGACCUCAGCAGACAGAUAGAGGCACACAGACCGACUCCGGACCCACGCCAAGUGUGAAGGCUCAGACCAGGGUGACGCAACAAGACGACGGAAGGGCACUAGUACGGUGGGCGGUGUCAGCAACCCCGAUCACGGUCCUGAACCACCCACUGCUACAGAUUGCACUGGACCGAGGUAUAGUGGUAACACCUCCUAAACCACAAUCGAAACCAGCACGGACUCGAGGGGUGAGGACCAAGGCCAGCCUCAAGAAGGAGCCACAGGUACGCACGGAUCCACCAGUAGCGGAUCUGAUCACGUGGGACGAGGAUCAGGAGGACGUGCUACGGAUCACCCAGGACGAACUACCCGGCGUCGAUAUGUUGACGGGCGGCUGCGUGGACUUUCCGGAAGACAACGGAGACGGCCUGUACGUACAAUGACGUCCAACACCACGCUACCGUGUCAA